AUGUUACAAGUGUUAGCGCCAUAUCCUGACUUCCUCAUUAUUGGUGACAUCAAUCAACUUGAUCAUUACGGGGAUAAGUUGGGAGGGGCAACUCUCAUUAGGGGAUGGGAAGAAUUCACCAAUUGGAAGCAUACUUUACAAUUACAAGAUGUUCCCUUUGUUGGGUCUAGGUUCACUUGGACAAAUAACAGGGAUGGUGUGGAUCUAAUCAUGGAACGUCUUGAUCGAGUGUAUGUUUCCCCAACUUGGAAUGACAGAUAUCCACUCGGGUAUACAAAGAAUUUUCCUAUUCUGCAUUCAGAUCAUGCUGCUAUCUUUUACCAGACGGAGCCGCCAACCAAAGUUACUCAUCGGUCAUAUCAGUUUGAAAAUUGGUGUCUCAUACACCCUGAAUUACCUAAUAUGAUUUCGUCGGUAUGGCGUAUUCCAAUAGCUGGGUCAACAAUGUACCGGUUUACAAAACAUCUAUCUAUCUUUCGCACCCAGAUUAGGCAAUGGUGUUUGGAUCAUAAGGUUGUUUGGGGGAUUCAUUGGAAAGAACUUUCUACUAAGUUAGCUGCCACUGCGACUCAGAUUUCUAGUCUUCCUCAAGGUAAUGACUUUAUGCUCCAACGUCAGCAGGAUUUGGAUACAUCUGCAUUAGCACACUCUUACUGGUCGCAAAGGUCGAAAGACAAAAUUGUUCAGCUGGGGGACCUUCCAACUAAGUUCUUCUACAAUAAGAUGCGACAAAAACAACGAUCAGCACAUAUCUACCUUCUUCGAACUGCAGAUAACCAGUGGACUGAGGAUGGGCCCUCUCAGGGGCCUACCGUCUCUGACCAGGGCCAAGAUGAAGCCAUUGAUUUAGUACUCCGUGAAUUAAAUCUACCUCAUCUUUCUUUGUCACAACAGCAACAGCUCCUUCGGCCUUUCUCUAAGGCAGAAGUGCAUGAGGCCAUGCUUGGUAUUGGUCAGGGUAAAUCUCCUGGAUUGGACGGGUCCACGGCUGAGUUUUUCAAACUUCACUGGGGUUCCCUCGGGAAUGAAGUGUUCCAAGCUGUCAAUCACUUUUUCUCAACAGGUUUCAUCCUGCAUGAGUGGAAUCAGACGCUGCUUGUUUUGUUGCCUAAAGGACAGAAUCCUGAGGAGGUUACAGAGUCCUUUCAUUCCCAUUGUGGGCUUCGCCAGGGUGAUCCACUAUCCCCUUAUCUUUUCUUGCUCUCUAUGGAUAUCUUUUCUCGAAUGAUAAUCAUGGCUACGGAUAUUCGACUCUUCGAUGGGAUUAGAGCUCACAGUUUACGAAAGUCAUUUGUUAAAUUCAGCCCAAAUGUUUCCGAGCACAUGGGUCAUGAAUACAAACGUAUCCUGCAAUUGGAUGCUAAGGAAUCUCUGGGCACAUAUCUUGGUACUCCUGUGGAUAUUCAAGGGAAGAAAACUCAGCACUUCACCUUUUUACUUGAUAAUAUUUCUCAGCGCAUAACUGCUUGGAAUCAUUCACCUAUUUCGCAAGCUGGGAAAUUGAUUCUCAUCAACUCUGUCCUCAUUGCUUCCAUAGCUCACAUCCUCUCUGUAUUCUUGAUUCCCACAACAAUAGCUAAUAAGUUGGAUGCGAUGCUUGCACGAUUUUUCUGGUCUAAUAGCUCUGGUAAAGGAAUUGCUUGGAAAAGCAAGGAGCUUUUGCAUUUGCAAAAAGGUGCUGGUGGUCUCGGCUUACGUAGUAUUGCGAUGCACAAUCGUUCUCUCUUAAUGAAGAAAGUUUGGCGUAUUCAAAAGAAUUCCGGUGACCUCAUUAGUAAGGUAUUUUCCGAUCGCAAUUUGGACUGGAUUAACGACACCAAAACUGCGUUCAGUGCGGGGUCAAUGUUCUUGGGGUGCGCGAGGUUUAAUUCAAGCAGAGCAGAUACUCUUGACAAAUUCUUGUUGGAAAAUUGGUUCCAAUUCCCCUCUCCUUGCUGGAAAGGAGCGUUGGGUUCGGGGGCAGAUUCCCCUCUUUCGGGAUAA